AUGGACUGCCAGACGACCAGAAAAAGAUGCAAAGAAGAGUUUGCAAAAGUGUUCAACCUGCAGCUGGAGGGAAGCGACACAGAAAGGUCUUCAGCCCUGGGAGAUCUGCUAGAAGAAGAGAUAUGCAAGAAAGCAAAAAGCAAAAUAGAAUACGGAGCACUCUUCAGAAGUAAAUAUCUGAACUUGAAAGAUCCGUCUAAUAAGUGGCUGUGCACCUCGGUCUACAACGGAGUGCUCGACACACACAAAUUCAUAGCAAUGUCUGUGGAGGAGAUGAAAAGUAAAGAGCUAAAGGAGCUAGAAGCAAAGAUAUUCCAAAGAGCUCUCCUGGACACAACAGUCGCCCAGGAAGAAGCAGAGACAGACAUAUUCUUCUGCACAAAGUGCAAACAAAGAAAGUGCACGUACAGACAGCUGCAGACCAGAAGUGCCGAUGAGCCCAUGACAACGUAUGUGCACUGUGUUGUGUGUAAGAACAACUGGAAGUUCUGCUAG